GUGUGUGAUUCAAAUUCAUCUCAGUGUCAAUACAACGACUUUACAACUUUAUACAAUCUGAUAACUCCGAGACAGUAGGAAGAACUUCCAUUUGAAUUUAAAUUUGAAAUUUCGAACACUACUGCAAAUUUCCCACUCCUUUGGGAGCUGAGCACGGGAGCAGGUGCACCGUCGCCCUGAGCUUAUAAGCAUCGAAACAUAUAAAAUGUCCACGUCUUAAACAAAUCCCGCCUUGUUUCCUCCAACUCUUUUUCCACGCUUGCCUGCUAGCUUCCUCAGAUCCACUGCACGUCUGCACCUUAGCCGGGUGCCUGCCGGGCUUCUCGGACGAGGAGCGGAGGGGCUGAGCAAGGCAGAGGUGAUGGGGGCCGAGGUGGCGGCCGCCGGCCGCAGCUUGCCGGGGUUCUUGGGGAGGAAGAACCGGUACGCGCGCGUGGACGACGUGCUCCCGCAGGAGCCGGAGGACGGCGGUGGCGUCCGUGUUCGCGGCGUCGGCGGCAGCUGCCGGCGAUACGUCUUUGCUUGCUCCGUCUUCGCGUCUCUCAACCAUGUCCUGCUCGGCUACGAUGUGGGUGUGAUGAGCGGCUGCAUUAUCUUCAUUCAGAAGGACCUCCACAUCACCGAGGUGCAGCAAGAAGUGCUGGUCGGAUGCCUCGGCUUCAUCUCCCUCCUCGGCAGCCUUGCGGCCGGCCGGACCUCGGACGCUAUCGGCCGCAGAUGGACCAUCGGCCUAGCCGCUGCCGUGUUCCAGGGCGGCGCGGUGAUCAUGGCGCUCGCGCCGUCGUUUGGCCUGCUCAUGGCGGGGCGGCUGCUGGCCGGCAUCGGGAUCGGGAUAGGCAUCAUGGUGGCGCCCGUGUACAUCUCGGAGAUCUCCCCGGAGACGCUGCGGGGCUCCCUGGCGUCCCUCCCGGAGAUCUUCAUCAGCUUCGGCAUCCUCAUCGGGUACGUCUCCAACCUCGCCUUCGCGGGCCUGCCCGACAACAUCAACUGGCGCGUCAUGCUCGCCGCCGGCAUCCUCCCGUCCAUCUCCAUUGCGUUCGUGCUGCUGGUCAUCCCGGAGUCGCCGCGGUGGCUGGUCAUGCAGGGCCAGGCCGGCGACGCGCGCGCGGUGCUUGUGAAGGUCUCGGACAGCGUGGAGGAGGCGGAGGAGAGGCUCGCCGAGAUCGAGGAGGCCGCGCGCGCCACUGCCGCUUCCAGCAACGGCAAGGAGGCGUGGCGGGAGCUGCUGCGGCCGUCGCCUGUGAUCCGACGGAUGCUGGUGACCGGGCUGGGCGUCCAGUUCUUCCAGCAGGCCACCGGCAUCGACGCGCUGGUGUACUACAGCCCGACCAUAUUCCGCGACUCCGGCAUCACGACGGAGAGCCAGCUCCUGGGCGCCACCGUCGCGGUGGGCGUGGUGAAGACGGUGUUCAUCGUGAUCGCCAUCGUCCUCGUCGACCGCGUCGGCCGGAAGCCGCUGCUGUACGUCAGCACGGCCGGAAUCACGGUGUGCCUCGCCGUGCUGGCCGCGUCGCUGUCCGCACUCGCGCGCGGCGCGCUGCCGGGCGGCGUCGCCGUCGGGCUCGCCAUCCUCACGGUGUGCGGCUUCGUGGCCUUCUUCUCGGUGGGGAUCGGUCCCAUCAACAUGGUGCUGAGCUCGGAGAUCUACCCGCUGCGGCUGCGCGCGCAGGCCGUGGCCGCCGGCUUCGCGCUCAACCGCAUGGCCAGCGGCGCCGUGGCCAUGUCGUUCCUCUCCAUCUGCCGCGCCGUGACCGUCGCGGGCGCGUUCGCCGCGUUCGCGGCCGUCUCGGCGCUGUCGGUGGCGUUCGUGCACCUCUGCGUGCCCGAGACGAGCGGCAAGACGCUGGAGGAGAUCGAGUCGCUGUUCGGUGGCGGCGGUGUGAGCGUGACGCACGGUGGCUCCGGCGAAGUGGAGCUCGGCGACGCCGAGCGGCUUGAGCACAAGAGGCUAGUGUCGCACGGGCACGCGUCGAGCUGAGUGCUGCAGUGUGAACACGAAUUAUUGGCACGCAAAGUAGAAAACAGUGUUGUAUGCUCUUCUUUUGCACGAAACUUUAUUCUCUCUUCUUUAGGGCUAGUUUGUUAAUCUCAUUUUUUUUAAGGUU